UGUUUUCUCUUAAUAUCUCCUCAACGAAGCCUCGGAUAACAUUUUCGCUAAGGAAAAAGUGGUUUCAAAUCACCUCCCGAACCAACCCUUUCAAGGUUUAUCAAGAGAGUUGCCUAACCUGAAAGCACAGAUUAGCAAACAACUAGAUGCAGUGAAACCGAGCGAAAUCGUUUGACGUGAGUCAAGAUAGAAAAAUAUUGGAUAACAAUGGCGGACGAGGAACUUCCAGCGGGUUGGGAAAAACGUUUGAGCAGAUCUACCGGACAGCAUUACUAUUUAAAUAUCUAUACUAAAGAAAGCCAGUGGGACAGGCCAGACAAACCAGCGGAUCCAUCCGGGAAUAACAAAGGGGACGGCCCGGAGGAAGUACAAUGUUCUCAUUUGUUGGUGAAGCAUUCGAGUUCUCGCCGGCCUUCUUCUUGGAGAGAAGAAAACAUUACGAGAUCGAAGGAAGAAGCUCUCGAACUUAUUAAAUCUUACAGAGAACAAAUUGUAAUUGGGAAAGCAACGUUCGCCGAACUCGCUUCGAAAUAUAGCGAUUGCAGUUCUGCUAAGCGAGGCGGAGACUUGGGACCAUUUAGUCGAGGCGCCAUGCAAAAACCUUUCGAACAAGCAGCGUUUGCCUUGAAAGUUGGCGAAUUGUCUUCGCCUGUGCACACAGAUAGCGGUAUUCAUAUUAUCCAGCGAACAGCAUAAAGAAGCUUGAUCUCUAAUAAAGUAUUGAAUCUUUUCUUUUAAAACAAAAAAAAACAAAUAACAACACCUUCGGUUUUGCUGAUAUAUAUGUUUACGAGAAUAGGAAAUUUUCAUACCAAUAUUAAAGAUCACGUACACUUAUUCGUAGACGAUACGAGUGUUUUUGUGUAAGAACAACGCAUACGUUGGACACUUUUCCCUGUAAUUUAACAUGACAUCACACGUGUAUUUAUGUCUUCCAGCAGUUUUAGCUGUUCGUUAAUCGAAAUUUUGCUUA